AUGGCAAACAGUAAAAAAACGCAACAAGAGAUUGAUCGUCUGGUACGACGUGCACAGGAUGGCGUUGAGAGUUUUGAUGACUUGUAUGAUAAGUACCUUAAAGCCGGAUCUCAAACAUUAAAGGAGCGAUUUGAAGGUGAACUCAAGAGGGAAAUCAAAAAGGUGCAGCGAUUCCGUGAGAAUAUUAAGGUAUUUAUUUCCAAUCCGGAGGUGAAGGACACUAAAAUGCUUGAAACAUCUCUGAAGAGCAUAGAGGAAAGAAUGGAACUCUUCAAGACAUGCGAACGUGAAACCAAGACAAAGGCAUUCAGUAAAGAAGGACUCGCUGCCGGUUCUCCAAAUGAAACACUUCAAGCUCAGAGAGAGACUUCUUUAAAGUCCACAAUGGAAGAUAUGCGAAAACAGAUUGAUAUUCUUGAGUAUGAUCUGGAACGAGAUGCACGCGGUCAUAAUAGUGGACGAACUACGAAGGGUACUCCCUCUGCUGUUCUUGCGCGUAUGCGAAAGUUGAAGUUUCACUUAGACAAACUUGAGUUAGUACUCAAGGCAGUAACAAACGGAAGUGCGGAUCUUGACCGUGUACGUGAUAUUGAAGGGACGAUGCAGCGACUUUUACAGAAUGAAACGAAUAGCGAUGAGGAGGACGAAGAUGAGGAUGAAGAAGAAGAGAACCUUUACAGUGGAUUUGAUCUGGAGGAUAGCCGUACUCAAGAGAAGCGUCGCAGUGGAGGAGGAGGAGGAGCAGAUGAGGAUUCGGCAAUUCUUUCCGGUUCUGCGCAGGAUCUAGGUAAGAAAACCCCGGGCUCCGGGUCCAUCCCAACAGCCUCCACCUCCGCCAUCACGAGUACAUCGGCGAAGAAGACAACACCACCAACAACCGUCAGUAAAUCUGAUUCCGUGAAAAGACUCUCCACAACACAACCAAGCCCAAAAACACAAACACCGGGAGGUGGUAAUACUUCCAUCUCUUCUACAUCUGGUGGGAAACCAAUUUCAAGUAGAGAUAUGCAAAUGGAUAUGUGGGAUGAAAAUGAAGAUUUAUUGGAUGAUGAAAUGGAUAAGGCAAAUGCCGAUACCUUUGGGGAUGAUGCGAUGGAGUUAACAGGUACGGGUUCGUUAGCGGAUAUGGCGAAAGCCACCGCCACUUUACCAAGAAUGGGUGAUUGGGAAAAAGGACGUCCGGCAAGUCUUGCCUCACCUCCUUCAACAACUAUGAAAACACAAACAAAUGAACAAACCGUACAACCACCAGUCUCUGCAGCAACGACUGCCGCCACAACAACCACUACUACACAAGCCGUAAAAGCGGCUAAUACUACGACUACGACUAUUACUGCUACUGCUGGUGCUACCCCUACUGCCAAUACUGCUGCUGUUUCCCCACGGACAACAAAAUCAAUGGCCACAACACCACCAGCAGCGACAGCCACUGCUUCUCAACGUGCUUCUGAGCAGAAACAGCAAACCACUGCGAAUUCCUCAUCUACUGCUGUUGCGGGUGCUACUAAUACUACUACGGCAAGUUCGAAUCAAACCGCUAUAAGUUACGAUAAGAAUAUAAUGCUUGACCUUGUUGAUAUGUCUUUAGCCAAUUUACCUCACACACAAGAUGUCGACCGACAGCGUCCUUUUGAGCCAUCUAAUCCUACUGUAUGUCCUUCUUAUUACCCACAACAGGUACUCCCGGCGUUGGCAUCCCCAGACAUCUACCGUGAGUUUGAGCUGGAGACACUCUUCUUCAUCUUUUAUUAUCAUCAGAACACAUAUCAACAGUAUUACGCAGCAAAACAGAUUAAAUCAAAAUCUUUCCGCUACCAUAAAGGGCUUAACACUUGGUUCCAGCGUAGUGGUACACUAAAGGAGACGCAAGGAGAUGGUGAACGCGGUUCAUUCCUUUUCUUUAAUUACGAAGAUACAUGGCGUAUGGAAGAGAAGGAAGACUUCACGUUUAACUAUAAGUACUUAGAGGAUGAGUUGCGUUGA